GGCAGCGCGCCUGCGCAGUCGCACGCCACCGCCCCCUCCUUCGCCGUCGCGAUUCGCAGGAUCACGCCGGCCUCGCUCUCCCCGGCUCCCACCUAGGGAGGGUCGUCGUGCGCCUGCGCCAAGAUUGUCUAAAGCCCCAGGAAAAAUGGUGGAAAAUUCACCGUCGCCAUUGCCAGAAAGAGCGAUUUAUGGCUUUGUUCUUUUCUUAAGCUCCCAGUUUGGCUUCAUACUUUACCUCGUGUGGGCCUUUAUUCCUGAAUCUUGGCUAAACUCUUUAGGUUUAACCUAUUGGCCUCAAAAGUAUUGGGCAGUUGCAUUACCUGUCUACCUCCUUAUUACUAUAGUAAUUGGCUACGUGCUCUUGUUUGGGAUUAACAUGAUGAGUACCUCUCCACUCGACUCCAUUCAUACAAUCACAGAUAACUAUGCUAAAAAUCAACAGCAGAAGAAAUACCAAGAGGAAGCCAUUCCAGCAUUAAGAGAUAUUUCUAUUAGUGAAGUAAACCAGGUGUUCUUUCUUGCAGCCAAAGAACUUUACACCAAAAACUGAACUGUAUGUAACCAUACUAACACCAAGCACGUAUUUAUUUAUAAGUUUUUGCCAUUAUAAUUUUGGCCAUAAAUUAAUUUGACCAUCUCUCUUAUUAAUAGAGAAGUAAAAAAUGUCAGUUGACCUUCUCUUAGAUUAUAUUCAAUGAAUAUUGUAAAUGUUCUCAAGUAUUAAUUGUUAAUGAACAGAAUAAAUCCAAUAUUACAUUACCAUA